UAGUUGACUACUUCCACGCACAUAAUUUAUAAAUAAGCUCUGCCUCAAAUUUUGCUAUCAUCUGCUAUGCAGAACUCCCGAUCUAUGGCGCCGCGGCAGUGCACUGUGUCACUGCAAUUCAUUUGUCGAUGAUCGCAUGCCGUGACUUCCAGUCCGGCGUUUAUAACUGGCCAUCAAAAAAUGUUUGACAAAGCGCUUAGCCUAGCAAUGGUAGUCUUCAAAGGUGUUAUCAAUGCUCCCGUACAGCCCGUCGCAGGUGUUGUGCUUGAAGUCGUCAAGACAUGUCAUGCUGUGAGUUCAUGGUCGGUCGUAUCACACAUUGCUUCGCAACUACUAACAGUUCCAUCGCGAUACUCAUCCUAAGGUCUUUAGCCCAUUCCCUUGUACUGGGGGCUCUGUCCGUUGCUUGACUUACUGAGGCUCUAACUUCUCCUCCAAUCUUUGCCUUGCCAGCCAAAGGUCGCGUGAUCAACACUGCCUGGCCCUUGUAGAUAUGUUCCACACAUUAAAUCGGUUCGAAGGCGUCCAGGGUGGUCAUCCCGUGGAUAUCAAGUGCGAGGCUAUAGAAGACACGCCAUUGAACCGGCGUCUCCCUUCAAAUUCUACCUGCACCUUCUCAAAUACUCAACAUUGCACUGUUUCAUCCUCGCCUGUUGCCCUCCGGCGUUAUUCCUCUCCUGGUGCUCCCUCGAGACGAACGCACUUUCAAUCCUCAAGUCUUCGACAGGCUCACUCAAAAAGGGAUUCUCGUAAAGUAUCUGAUCGCAGUGUGACCAUGUCCCAUCCUUUUUCUUCGAGGGGAACGCCUAGUCGGAUGCUUUACUCUCAAUCGGAUUCCCCUGGGCGGAGGUCCGCGGACAAUGGGCAACGCGUCAUGCAGUCACCGCCUUACACACUGCCAAGCGCUUUUGUCCAAUCUCAUGGAAGCAUGGAUAUAGGCCCACAAGCGUCUGGUUCCAGCUUGGCUCCGACGUCAAGCCUGUCUGGUGCCGUCGGGGAUAUGAAUAUUCCCCCGCACUUAUGGAAUACUACAACCAGACCUUACUCAAAUGCUCCUACAUCUUGGGUGCCCGGUGCUCACAAUAUGUCCAAUAUUCCGCCAAACAUGCAAUCCCAUACUCAUUCUACCGUCCCUUACAAUACCACACCUACCACGGAUCUUAAUACUGCAUCACACCCUAACCAUCCAUCAGCCACACCAAGGUCCCCGCCAUUUGCGCACACCUACCCAAGUCAAAUGACAUUCCAACAAGACCGUUCUCCUCAAAACUCUCCUGCCGUUAUGCUGGGCCGCCCAGGAUCUCGGAUGUCAUUUGAUCAGGCUCGCCGCCCUUCGCAGGAUGCCACGGAAGAAGAAAAUAAAUACCUUCGAAAGAAGGUGAAAGACCUUGAGCUAGCCAAUGAGAAAGGCCGUCAGCGUAUCAGGGAGCUUGAAGCAGAAUUAGCUGGUCGGAGCAUUUCUGACCCUUCAACCAGACACCCAGGGCCGUCCAUGAGUACAGCUACCACUGCAGGGUCUAGUACAAUGCCCGCCCCUCUAGCCAUGCAGGCAUCCUGGAAAGCUCGGACAGACGCUCGCAUACGGCUUUUCUGUUCGUUGAAUCGCGCUGGAAACGCGUUAUGCUCCUGGCACGAUUCGCGUCGGGAGCGUCGAAUAUACCCACCCCGUAUGGCUCCUACUGGCUAUUUAAACUGUGGUUGCACACAUGAAGAGGCGCUUUUUGAAGAAAGUUUGUCUCGUCAUGGUGUUGGCAGCUACCAUCCUGGAGAGGCCGUCCGUAUGGACCCUGCCCUUCGUAACCCUCUUCUCAAAGUACUGCAGGAGCGAUAUGGAUACAGGGAUGGUGACUUCGAAAGAGAUCCGACUACGGGGGAUUGGAAAGAGGGGGAGGGAAGCACCUCGUGGGAGCAGAAACUGCUCUCAGGUGCUUCAAACUCUAAGAAAAGAGGCGACGAUCGUCGGUAAGUCUUGGUUAUUGUAAAUAUUUAUGUUAUCUACAUCUUCCCGCAUUACUGUGUGACCACUUUUCUUUCAGAUUGCAUACUGUAUCCAUAUUCUUGGGUCUCGCUUUUAGUCUUGUCUACAAUUGCCGAUUUGGCAUGCUCAUUCAUUGACGCUCAUACACUUAAUUAUGGUCUUAUAUCUCGAACGUUAUACCCGUAGACAACUUAUAAUUAUGUAGAUUACAUCGACUCGAGACUGUAUUAGAAUUGACAGAUGAUUCAUCAAUUGAACCGUACGUACUGCUUGAC